AUGUCACAGCCACCGGAGAGCGAGCUUCUUCAUAGCAACGGCCAAGUGAAGUGGAAACCCAAAUACGUGCGGCUCACUGACGACGCUGCUAUCGUCUCCCUCUGCAUACAUGACAAGAUCUACCGAGCCACUAAUAUACCCUGGGACUUUGAUUCAAAGGGAGACAUCAAAAAGACUGUGCCCGUCUGGAAAGAUUGGUAUAUAUUCACCGGUAGAAGUAACGGCUCGGGAUGGCUCCUGAAGGGAAUGGUGAACCGGUUCAUGGGUGGCCUGGUACUACCCGCAAAAGACCCCGUCUUCACUGUGAACAUUAAAUUCGACCGCUUCGAGCCCCUAGCCGGGAACAAACCAGCCAAAGACCGGAUUGCAUGUGCCAAGGACAACAAAGUCUACUUCGGAGGAAGUCCAUACAGCCAUGACCCAAUCAUCAUCCUCAGCGAGAGAGAAAACAAAGGCAUAAUCAGGACGCUACGAGAACAAGCACACUUCCAUCCGAAAAUAUACGAGGCAGCUGAUGAGCACAACCCCAUGAAAUCUGCCUAA